ACUGACCAUGUCUGAACAAUCUUUCUGGUGACCCGAUCGAUCUGUUUUUUUCUCCCUUUCGGUUCUGGAAUUCUGAAAAGUUUGUGAAUUGGACCUAUCUCUUUAGGAACUACUAAGGGCAAGUGCAUGAAUUUGGAUCCUGGUGGAGUUGGUGGAUCAUGUGGAGCUUGAUAUGCAAAAGUUGUGAAAAGUGAGCUGAUCUUCGGAUGUUCCAAUAGAGUGGUGGAUCAUGCUUAGCAUAAAAGGAUGAUGGAGAGGUUGACCAUUUGGCCUCUGGGUUUGGUCAAUUUUGUUGCCUUUUGCUUCCUUGCAAUUGUUCAAUCAAGUUCUGCCCAAAAAGGUUUCGUGAGCUUAAGAUGCUGCGAGAAAUCAAACUUGACGGACUCGAAUGGGAUUGUUUGGACAACCGACGAUGAAUUUUUCCCGGACAGGCAAACAUGCCAGGAAAUACUUAGGCCAGUGAAGAACAGCAAGGGAAAUUACAUCCGAACCUUCGACAUAGUAGUCCCAGGGAAGGUGUGCUACCACUUGAGGACGCUCGUGCCUGGCCAGGAUUACCUUGUAAGGGCUGAUUUCUCCUAUGGCGACUCAUUGGCGCCGUCUCUGUUCGGCGUCCUAAUCGGGGUCACCCCGAUCGCUCUUGUGAGCUUGGUGAGCAAGUUGGCGGUGGAGGGGAUUUUCCGAGUGCAGAAAGGCUACGUGGACUUCUGCUUGUUGAAGGAGGAAGGUGAUCCAUACAUUUCACAGCUUGAGCUGAGGCCUUUGAACAAUGAUUCAGAUUACCUGAAUGGAGAUUCAGGUACUGUCCUCAAGGUGAUUAGGAGGGUGAACUUGGGGGGUACAGGAGGAGACAUCAGGUAUCCUGAUGACCCAAGUGACAGAAUCUGGAAACCAGAAGCAGAACCCAUUGGUGGAAUCAUCAAUGCCACCACAGAAUUCCACAACCAUACAAGAGCACCCAUCAAAGUCCUUCAGACAGCAGUGACCAGUUCAGACAGGAUGGUUCUUUUCAGCGGUGGCCUUGACAUAAUACAAUACAACUACACAAUCUUCCUCUACUUUCUGGAGCUCAACAGCAGCAUUGGGGUUGGGGAAAGAGUGUUCGACAUAUACGUCAACAGCGAGAAGACAUGGAGUGGGUUUGACAUACAGGGUCAAGGGUCUAUCUACCGGGAAGUUGCCCUGAAUGCGACGGCAAGUGGGUCUUUAAACUUGACAUUGGCUAAGGUCUCGAAUGAGUCUGUUGUCUUUGGACCCAUUUGCAAUGCCUAUGAGAUACUUCAAGUGCACUCAUGGGUCCAAGAAAGUCUGCAAGGAGAUGUGGAUGCGAUGUUGGAUAUGAGGCACGAGCUUUUGCAGAGUAAUAGCAAGAGCGAGGUGUUGGCGACUUGGUGGGGCGACCCAUGCCUUCCGAUUUAUUGGCAAGGCCUGGUUUGUGACUACAGUAACGGCUCCUCGGUUGUCACCAAGAUGGAUCUUUCUUCGAGCAAGCUCACUGGCUUUAUUCCUUCAGGCAUUGCCAAGCUAGUGUACUUGACUGAAGUGAAUCUUAGCUACAAUCUUUUUUCUGGAAAAAUUCCAUCAUUUCCGACAUCCUCCUUGUUGAGAUCACUAGACGUACGUGGAAAUGACCUUCUGAGUCCAAUUCCAGGAUCCCUGUUUUCGCUGCCAUAUUUGACAACAUUAUAUUUUGGCUGCAAUCCACAUUUUACCAAUGCUCCUCCAGCUAGCUUCAAAAACUCGAAUCUCACCACAGAUCAUGGACGAUGCACAGACCUGGAAUCGCCUAAUUCGAAAAAGGGACUUGUCAUCAUCACAGUUGCAUGUGGAUCUGUCCUUACUAUAGCUUUGGGGAUCCUCAUUUUUUGCCUUUACAGAAGAAAGUGUGCGUUCAAGAGAUAUGAUAUCAAGGGAUAUACAGUAAAGAAAAAUGCUGUGUCAUCAAUACCAAGCAAAGAAGAUUUUGUGUUGAAAUCCAUAUCCAUUCAGACAUUUACUUUGCAGUGCAUAGAGGCCACUACCCAGAAAUAUAAGACUCUUAUAGGCGAAGGAGGCUUCGGAUCUGUGUACGGUGGUACUCUGCCAGAUGGUCAAGAAGUCGCAGUAAAGGUUAGAUCAGCCACCUCAACUCAAGGAACUCGCGAGUUCGAAAAUGAGCUAAACCUUCUUUCAGCGAUUAGACAUGAAAAUCUGGUCCCUCUGCUCGGUUUUUGUUGCGAGAGCGACCAGCAAAUGCUCGUCUAUCCUUUCAUGUCCAAUGGCUCUCUGCAAGAUCGCCUUUAUGGUGAGGCCUCGAAGAGAAAGAUUUUGGAUUGGCCAACCCGACUUUCUAUUGCUCUUGGAUCUGCAAGGGGUCUGACGCAUCUCCACAAUUUCUCUGGGCGUUGCGUCAUCCACAGGGAUGUCAAAUCGAGCAACAUACUCCUGGAUCAAAGCAUGAAUGCCAAGGUAGCAGAUUUCGGCUUCUCCAAGUACGCGCCGCAAGAAGGGGAUAGCGGUGCUUCUCUUGAAGUGAGGGGGACAGCGGGAUACCUAGAUCCAGAGUACUACUCUACCCAGCAUUUAUCAGCAAAAAGUGAUGUCUUCAGCUUUGGGGUGGUUCUACUCGAAAUCAUAAGCGGUCGAGAGCCUCUAAACAUACACAGGCCGCGCAACGAAUGGAGCUUGGUUGAAUGGGCCAAACCCUACAUAAGGGAACAAAAGAUUGAUGAAAUUGUAGAUCCCAACAUAAAGGGAAUGUACCACGCAGAGGCAAUGUGGCGAGUGGUGGAAGUGGCGCUGGCCUGCAUAGAGCCCUUCUCAGCUUACCGGCCGAGCAUGGCUGACAUCGUGCGGGAGCUCGAGGACGCUCUGAUCAUAGAGAACAAUGCCUCCGAAUAUUUGAAGUCCAUCGACAGCUUCGGUGGAUCCAACCGGUUCUCAAUCAUCAUUGAGAAAAAGGCUGUUCUGUCCCCCACCCAGGAGCAAGCGGCGGAACCGUCGCCUCUUGGUUCACAACCCUUGGCUCCUCCAGAACCUAGAUAGAAAUUUUGUAACUGCUUAGAAUUUAUUCGCAACAAUGUAGAAGAGGAGCAGAUGAAAACUGAAGGGUAUGUCUCUCCAUGUUCAUGUGCAGGGGAAAAUAUCCAACCAACCCUCUUAAAGUCUAAGAAAGUUCACGUCAAGUACUUUGUAAUGGAUCAACUCCAUUCCUUGUCAGUAUUUUGGUAUAGCAAUGAAGAAUUUUUCCUGUAAUCGUACUUCAGACACAAUUCCCCAUUAUCCGCCAAUAAGAUGACUGAACAUAACUGAAACGACCUAUCUUGGACGAAUGUAUUGUAAGCCUUUGUCUUUAAUGAUGAUAAUAGAU